CCAUUUUUUUCUCUGUUUGUGGUUAAUCUUUUACAUCUGAGCAUAGCAAUAAUGUAGGGUACUCUGCAAUAUCUUGGGUCAGCAAAGCUUUAAUUAGCCACGAAAAGCUCUACACCCUUCAAAGGCUUCUUCUUAUUCUUCUUCUUUAGAUCAAGUAGCAGCAGCAAUUACUCCUCUUGUUUAGCUUUUUCUCAUCAACCCUGCAGUUCCCUAGUUUAAAUCUGAAGCCAAGUGAAAAAGGCUAGUUUUUUUUCAAAUCAAAGGGGAAAAAUAGACUUUUUCAUUUACUAUAAAGCAUGCUAGUACUAGCUUUUCUAGCUAAAGGGUUUCAUUACGAUGGUGGCAAAGCUUACUCAUAGAAUCAAGACUUCAAGUCCAGUAGUAUAAAGAUAGCAAAAGAAGUGUUGGCUGAGGAGCUAAGAGGCUGAGAAGAGUUCUGAGCAAGUAGACAGGCUUUGCUUUUGAAAGCACUGCAAAAAGGAGCCUUCUUUUCCCUCUCUUCUCUUCUGACAUUUUCAACCAGCCCCCCUCCCUCUCUGGUACCAAACGUGAUACAUCGAACCUUACUUUUCCACAUAUUUUCCCCCCUUCUCUUUAUUUUUGUGUGUAUGCAAAUAUCACCGAAAAAGCCAAAGUAUUCUGUGUGAUCAUCAUCAAUGCAAAGUACAUCCUAAACCCACAUCUACAUACACCCCCACAUCAACCCAUACACUACCUACACUUUUUUUCUUAUCUACCUUUCUUUUUCUCCUCCAUUCCUAAACCCUAAUUACAAUCCCAAAUCCACAUAGAUAGAGAGAAAAAAUACCCUCUUUGCUGACUGGUGUUAUUCUCUCUCUUUCAAGAAAGGUGGGUUGGUUUAGAGUGCUUGGUUGAGAAAGGUAUGAAAGUGGUAUGGAGGUGGAUGAGAUUCAAAAACAAGGGUGUAAGUUUCCAAGAAUCAGCAAUGAAAAUGGUAGAUUUGAGUCACAAGAUGAAAAUGGAGCGGUGAAAGGGAGUCAUGGGCUUGGCGGUGGUAGGCUUUGUGGGUGGCCUUCAAAUCGGAUUGUUCGAGUUUCUCGUGCAUCAGGAGGGAAAGAUAGGCACAGCAAAGUGUGGACUUCAAAAGGACUCCGAGAUCGGAGAGUUAGGCUGUCUGUUAACACAGCUAUACAGUUCUACGAUUUGCAAGAUCGACUUGGUUAUGAUCAACCAAGCAAAGCUGUUGAAUGGUUGUUAAAAGCAGCAGCUCCUUCAAUCUCUGAGCUUCCUUCUCUCAAUGCAUUUCCAGACACACAACAGAUCAGUGAGGAUAAAAGGUCUAGUGCUGGAACUGAGCAAGGUCUUGAUUCAGCUGAGGUUGAAAUGGACGGUGAUCCGAAUUACCAACACCAACAUGUGUCUUUGUCGAAAUCUGCUUGUAGUAGCACUUCUGAGACAAGCAAAGGUUCUGGCUUGUCUCUAUCCCGUUCAGAAAACCGAGUCAAGGCGAGGGAACGGGCAAGGGAAAGGGCUGCAGAGAAGGAGAAGGAGAAGGAGAAAGAAAACGAGUCGACUCGAACUGCACAUCACCAAAAUGUGCCUCGAAUUUCACAGAAUUCUUCUUUCACCGAACUAUUGACGGGAGGUAUGAACAGCAACAACAAUACUAAUACUUGUAAUGGUAGAGGUAGUGAGACAAACUUGUUUAAUAAAUCUCCUAGGCAAUGGUCCUCAUCUCCAUUUGAGUACUUUCCCUCAGGACUUUUAGGUCUUCGUGGAAACGACAACUCUACUUCUGGUUUUCAAGCCCAAAUUCAUUUGGGAAAUCCUAUACAACAGCAGCCACAGCCACUCCCUAUGUCAUCACCAAUGUUUAGUAUUACGAGAGACCAUCAUCCCGAGCUGCAGCAUUUUCCGUUUGUAAGUGACCAUUUGGGAACUAAUGGCCAUGCCAGUAAUAGUGCUAAUGAGUAUAAUUUGAACUUUAGCAUAUCAUCAUCGUCUUCUUCCGGUCUUGCUGGUUAUAAUAGGGGGACCCUUCAGUCCAAUUCUUCUUCUUUGUUCCCUCAUUUCCAGAGGUAUGAGGGAUCACAAAGUUUCUUCAAUGGCAGCACAAUAGCUGCUGCUACAGCUCCCAACAACACUGCUGCUGCAUCAGUUGACAACCAUCACCACUUUCUGUCUGCAUAUGAUGCCGGCCGUUUACAGCUCUUCUAUAAUGACAGUAGGCAUUCAGACCAGAAAGGAAAAGGAAAAAACUGAGUUUCAUCCCAUCUUCACAAAUGGCAAUAGAAGAUGGAAGCAGCUGCAACUGAGUGAAGCAUGCUUUUUUCUGCUUCAGUGCCAUAAGAUUAUUGUGCUUCUUAAAUCCUCAUUCUGCAUUAUUGCUUUUGAGUAUUAUUAUUGGUAUUCUCAUGUUUAGGCAUAUUUGUUUAUGCCAACCUUGUCCUGUGUGUUCUUUUGAGACAUAAUGUGUUGUUGAUUGAAGUGCUUCGUUUUCCUCAUUCAAUUGUGAUUCUGCAUUGAGAUUGUGCACACCAUUGUUUGGAAAUACCAUCCCGUUCAACCAAAAAAUGCUAGGUCU